AUCAUUUAUUUUUCAGGCAGCCUAUUUUGAAAUUCUAAAAUUCAAAAGAAAUGGCUCCCAAGGGACCGGGAAAAAAGAAAAAGGAGGUAGACUGGGCCGACGAGGAGCAUUUCAGUAAGGAGCGUUCGAUGAUCUACAUUGAGCAUACGUACGAGUGUCCCAUUUUCCAGACCAAGGCCGACGAGUUUGGCUCGUUUCUGCAGCAGAAGAUUCCGGAGCGCAAGUUCCAGCUGGUGAAGAACCGGUAUGGUCACCAGGUGCCCCGCGAAGGAGCCUUCGAGAUAGGCUUCUCGCAGAAUGCCCGCACCUCCACGCAUCUCCUGUGGUCCGGUCUGGAGCGGGGUCCUCCGCGUCGGGAUAAGUUUCCCGCGGACUACGAACUGCUGGUGCCCGAUGUGAACAGGAUACUCAAGAAAUUCUAUCCCGACAAGGCUGUGGGCGUGCUCGACGAGGAUGAUGGGGACGGGGAGGCAGAGGACCUGUAAACCUGUAUUACAAAUAUAUUUUCGAAAUUA